GAUCAAAAACUGGUGGACACGAGCAAUGUAGCCAGGCUUUAGUAUGGCGGAAGAUGAUUUUAGACGUUACGCCAAGAAUGAGUCAGAAGACUUAUAUUGUGCCUCUAAGGUUGGAAGACGUGUUGAUUGAUGUCAGUUCUCUUUUACCACUACCCGAUUUGACUUGUAACGCUUUGUGUAUUGUGUCGCUUUCAUAGCCAACACCACAACACCCACCAUGGGCGCAACGCAGAUGCCUGCCACCAAGAGUAGUUGGUCCCCUUAUGCGCAACUUAUAUGGCUUGAGAAACUAGUUUGUAUUGUGAUCAUUCAUUUUACCUACGUCGUCGGAUCGCUCUACGCAGCAUGUUUGUCACAGCCCAAGAUAGCGUUGCAAGACGUCGCGCGAAUCAAUUUUCUUUUGCUGUGUGGCACAUUCUUGCUGCGUUCAUGGGCAUGUGCGUGGGACGAUAUCGUCGAUCGAGACCUCGACAAGCUGGUGGAAAGAUGCAAGCGGAGACCCAUGGCCAGCGGCAAGCUCUCGGUGAGAAAUGCUUUUUUGUUUACAGGAUUCCUCUGCUUUGUCUGGAUAGCUCUGAUGAAAAGUCUCGUUUCGUCGUUCCUCACUCAUGGAGUGGCUUUAAUUGUUUUUUCGGGUGUGUACCCAUUUACUAAGAGAUUUACGGCCUAUAUUCUAGUCUGGUUAGGUCUUACUUUCGCAUGGGGGGUUUUGGUUGGAUUUGCGGCGAUGGGGCUUGAUUUUGUGCAGUUGUUGCUCUCUAGCGAAGAAUCCGACCCCACUAUCAAGGGGGCGCUAUUACUCUUCAUUUAUUACACGAUAUGGGCAGUUAUCUUCGAGACGGUGUAUGCUUUCCAGGAUCUGCCCGACGACACGAAGGCAGGAAUUAAUUCUAUGGCGGUCCGUCAUAAAUUCCACAUACGAGAGUUAUUGGGAGUACUUGGAAUAGCGCAGGUUGCAGUGCUAUUGGUCUAGGGAAGGUACUGGAAGCUAGUAGUUUGUACUAUUCUGGUCCUCCAUUUUUCAAUAUUGUCAUGCUCUUUAGGAUGGUCACGGGAAUCGACUUUAGAAGUGCUGAGCAGUGCCGCUGGUGGUUUAGUCAUGAUCCGCUCAUGGCGGGAGCUGUGUUGAUUGGCAGUUUGUGCAUUGAGUAUUUAGGACGAAUGGGUAUGGUGAAUUAUAAUUGCGGUUUUCAAUAUUUGCUAAUACAAGUACAGAUUAGAGUGUUUUUGGGCUUCAAUAGCUAGAUUUAGUUCCAUAAGCUAUGUAGUCUUAUUACAACUCAAU